AUGAGCGAAAACACUAUGCAUGCUGCAGUCGUUACUGCCUGGGGCGAAUCACCAAAAUACACUCAAGUUCCCGUACCAUCACCCGACUCAGAUGAAGUCCCGGUCAAAGUGAUGUGCUCUGGACUGCACAUCGUAGUCCGCUCUAUCGCCAGCGGUAACCACUAUGCCUCUGGAGCCUUGCUUUACACUCCCGGUGUCGAUGGUAUAGGCCGCCGUCUCUCCGACAACAAGCUGGUCUACUUUAUCAGCUUCCCUGGCGGUGCCUACCAAGAAGUGCUCAAUGUUGAGCGCCGCAAGAUGGUAGAACUGCCUGAUGGCAUCGACCCUUACCAAGUCGCUGGUUAUGCGAAUCCUGUAUUGUCUAGCUGGAUGGCAUUGAGAGCGCGAACAAAAGAUCUGCCUGAGAAUUUCACUGUGCUUGUCAUGGGCGCCACCAGCGCUAGUGGCAAGGUCGCUGUCGAAGUUGCACGCGUCUUGGGUGCUGGAAAGGUCAUUGGGAUGUCUCGCAAUGCUGAGACACUCUCUGAAGUUGGUGUUGACGAGAUGAUCAUUCUCGAUGACAAUAUCUCAAACACCGAUUGCAGUGCUGCUGCUGAAGUGGAUAUCAUCCUCGAUUAUCUGUACGGACCUGUAGCACAGCACGUUCUUUCCACCGUCAAUUUCACACGCCCAGUACAAUAUGUCCACAUCGGAGGUCUUGCCGGCACAGAGAUGAUGCUGCCCGGCCACGUUCUCAGAUCCAAAGACAUCACCAUCCGUGGAGCUGGUCCUGGCAGCUGGUCUCGCGAAGCCAUGCGACCAGAGAUUCCCAAGAUUCUGAACGCCUUCAAGACUUUCAAGACGCAAAACGUCAAGGUUGUGCCUCUGAGUGAGAUCGAAGAGCACUGGCAUAACAAGAACGAGCGCAUUGUCUUCAAGCCAUGA